AUGCUCCUAAUCGAGGGCCUUGCACCAAAGCUGGACCCAGAGGAAAAGAAACAGAAGAUACGUGAAGAUGUGCUCUCCUCCAUACAGAACUUCCUCAUCUGUGUGGCCCUGCUGCAAGUCACUCCUUUUAUCUUAUAG